UGGACUAUAUCGUGGAAUAUGACUAUGAUGCAGUGCAUGACGAUGAGUUAACAAUCCGAGUUGGGGAAAUCAUCAGGAAUGUGAAAAAACUGGAAGAAGAAGGAUGGUUAGAAGGGGAGCUAAAUGGCAAAAGGGGCAUGUUCCCUGACAAUUUUGUGAAGGAAGUAAAGAAGGAUGUAGAGCCCAAGGAUGAUGCCGUACCAGUCAGGAGGGAGAAGUCUGGCAAUGUAGCCAGUCUUGUGCAGCGUAUAAGCAGCUAUGGGCUUCCAGCAGGAGGAUUCCAGCCUCAUCCCCCAUCCAAAAGCUUCAAGAAGAGGUCCAGGAAGCGGCAGUGCAAAGUGCUCUUUGAAUAUGUUCCGCAGAACGAGGAUGAGCUGGAACUCAAGCCGGGGGAUGUGAUUGACAUCAGUGAAGAGGUAGAAGAAGGCUGGUGGAGUGGAACACUAAAUGGCAAGGCAGGGUUGUUUCCUUCAAACUUUGUGAAAGAAUUGGAAUUGACAGAUGAUGGAGAAACACAGGACACUCUGGAUGACACAGAGUCUGUUUUCAGUGGUCCUACCUCACCUGUGGUCUCUCCAGGAAAUGGGAGUGAACCUGGAUCUGGACCAGCACAGCCAAAGAAAAUCCGAGGUAUUGGCUUUGGAGAUAUUUUUAAAGAAGGCUCAGUGAAACUUAAGACAAGAUUAUCCAGUACUGAAUCAGAAGAUAAAAAACAAGAUAAGCCAUCGCCUAACCAUCCCCCUGGAACAAAGCUAAUUCAUUUUCCCAGUACAACAAAAACUGAAAACUCAUCAGAAGUAGUAAAAUCAGAAGCUGAAAGUAAACCAAAAGCCAAGGAAUAUUGCAGGACAAUAUUUUCCUAUGAAGGCUCAAAUGAUGAACUCAGCUUUAAAGAAGGCGAGAUCAUUCAAAUAAUCAGUAAGGACACUGGAGACCCAGGCUGGUGGAAAGGAGAACUCAAUGGUAAAGAAGGAGUCUUCCCAGAUAAUUUUGCUGUUCAAAUACAAGAGUCUGAUAAAGACUUUCCUAAACCAAAGAAACCUCCACCUCCAGUUAAAAAUCCAGCUCCAAAGCCUGAAUUGCCUACGGGAGAGAAGAAAUUCCCUUCUUUGAGGCCUGAAGAAAAAGAUGAAAAAGGAGCUUUGGAUCAGAAGCCUUUGAAGCCACAGGCUCCUCAAGUACCACCCAAGAAGCCUAUUCCUCCAAGCAAGACUAACAGCUUACUGAGAGCAGGGCUUCUGCACCCAAAACGUCCAGAUAAACCUGCUUUGCCAUCAUCUGUGUCCAGAUCUAAUGGAGAAAUUGUUUCUCUUCGACCAAAAUCUGAAGUUGAGCCAGUAGCAAAACCAAAGUUAGACUCUGAACUAUUACCACUUAGACCAAAAUCAGUAGAGGUAGAUUCACUUGUGCUAAAGAGCUCUAAAGAAUCAG